AGGAACCCGGCCCGGCCCGCCUCCCAGUCCGCCUAGCCGCGCCGGUCCCAGAAGUGGCGAAAGCCACAGCCGAGUCCAGGUCACGCCGACGCCGUUGCCCUUUUAAGGGGGAGCCUUGAAACGGCGCCUGGGUUCCAUGUUUGCAUCCGCCUCGCGGGAAGGAAACUCCAUGUUGUAACAAAGUUUCCUCCGCGCCCCCUCCCUCCCCCUCCCCCCUAGAACCUGGCUCCCCUCCCCUCCGGAGCUCGCGGGGAUCCCUCCCUCCCACCCGUCCCCUCCCCCCCGCGCCCCGAUUCCGGCCCCAGCCGGGGGGGAGGCCGGGCGCCCGGGCCAGAGUCCGGCCGGAGCGGAGCGCGCCCGGCCCCAUGGACAGCUCGGCCGUCAUUACUCAGAUCAGCAAGGAGGAGGCUCGGGGCCCGCUGCGGGGCAAAGGUGACCAGAAGUCAGCAGCUUCCCAGAAGCCCCGAAGCCGGGGCAUCCUCCACUCACUCUUCUGCUGUGUCUGCCGGGAUGAUGGGGAGGCCCUGCCUGCUCACAGCGGGGCGCCCCUGCUUGUGGAGGAGAAUGGCGCCAUCCCUAAGACCCCAGUCCAAUACCUGCUCCCUGAGGCCAAGGCCCAGGACUCAGACAAGAUCUGCGUGGUCAUCGACCUGGACGAGACCCUGGUGCACAGCUCCUUCAAGCCAGUGAACAACGCGGACUUCAUCAUCCCUGUGGAGAUUGAUGGGGUGGUCCACCAGGUCUACGUGUUGAAGCGGCCUCACGUGGAUGAGUUCCUGCAGCGAAUGGGCGAGCUCUUUGAAUGUGUGCUGUUCACUGCUAGCCUCGCCAAGUACGCAGACCCAGUAGCUGACCUGCUGGACAAAUGGGGGGCCUUCCGGGCCCGGCUGUUUCGAGAGUCCUGCGUCUUCCACCGGGGGAACUACGUGAAGGACCUGAGCCGGUUGGGUCGAGACCUGCGGCGGGUGCUCAUCCUGGACAACUCACCUGCCUCCUAUGUCUUCCAUCCAGACAAUGCUGUACCGGUGGCCUCGUGGUUUGACAACAUGAGUGACACAGAGCUCCACGACCUCCUCCCCUUCUUCGAGCAACUCAGCCGUGUGGACGACGUGUACUCAGUGCUCAGGCAGCCACGGCCAGGGAGCUAGUGAGGGUGAUGGGGCCAGGACCUGCCCCUGACCAAUGAUACCCACACCUCCUCCCAGGAAGAUUGCCCAGGCCUUUGUUAGGAAAACCCAUGGCCGCCGCCACACUCAGUGCCAUGGGGAAGCGGGCGUCUCCCCCACCAGCCCCACCAGGCGGUGUAGGGGCAGCAGGCUGCACUGAGGACCGUGAGCUCCAGGCCCCGUGUCAGUGCCUUCAAACCUCCUCCCCUAUUCUCAGGGGACCUGGGGGGCCCUGCCUGCUGCUCCCUUUUUCUGUCUCUGUCCAUGCUGCCAUGUUUCUCUGCUGCCAAAUUGGGCCCCUUGGCCCCUUCCGGUUCUGCUUCCUGGGGGCAGGGUUCCUGCCUUGGACCCCCAGUCUGGGAACGGUGGACAUCAAGUGCCUUGCAUAGAGCCCCCUCUUCCCCGCCCAGCUUUCCCAGGGGCACAGCUCUAGGCUGGGAGGGGAGAACCAGCCCCUCCCCCUGCCCCACCUCCUCCCUUGGGACUGAGAGGGCCCCUACCAACCUUUGCCUCUGCCUUGGAGGCAGGGGAGGUCUGUUACCACUGGGGAAGGCAGCAGGAGUCUGUCCUUCAGGCCCCACAGUGCAGCUUCUCCAGGGCCGACAGCUGAGGGCUGCUCCCUGCAUCAUCCAAGCAAUGACCUCAGACUUCUGCCUUAACCAGCCCUGGGGCUUGGCUCCCCCAGCUCUGAGCGUGGGGGCAUAGGCAGGACCCCCCUUGUGGUGCCAUAUAAAUAUGUACAUGUGUAUAUAGAUUUUUAGGGGAAGGAGAGAGGGAAGGGUCAGGGUAGAGACACCCCUCCCUUGCCCCUUUCCUGGGCCCAGAAGUUGGGGGGAGGGAGGGAAAGGAUUUUUACAUUUUUUAAACUGCUAUUUUCUGAAUGGAACAAGCUGGGCCAAGGGGCCCAGGCCCUGUCCUCUGUCCCUCACACCCCUUUGCUCCGUUCGUUCAUUCAAAAAAACAUUUCUUGAGCACCUUCUGUGCCCAGCAUAUGCUAGGCCCACCAGCUAAGUGUGUGUGGGGGGGUCUCUACGCCAGCUCAUCAGUGCCUCCUUGCCUAUCCUUCACCGGUGCCUUUGGGAGAUCUGUAGGAGGUGGGACCUUCUGUGGGGUUUGGGGAUCUCCAGGAAGCCCGACCAAGCUGUCCCCUUCCCCUGUGCCAACCCAUCCCCUACAGCCCCCUGCCUGAUCCCGUGCUGGCUGGGGGCAGCUCCCAGGAUAUCCUGCCUUCCAACUGUUUCUGAAGCCCCUCCUCCUAACAUGGCGAUUCCGGAGGUCAAGGCCUUGGGCUCUCCCCAGGGUCUAACGGUUAAGGGGACCCACAUACCAGUGCCAAGGGGGAUGUCAAGUGGUGAUGUCGUUGUGCUCCCCUCCCCCAGAGCGGGUGGGCGGGGGGUGAAUAUGGUUGGCCUGCAUCAGGUGGCCUUCCCAUUUAAGUGCCUUCUCUGUGACUGAGAGCCCUAGUGUGAUGAGAACUAAAGAGAAAGCCAGACCCCUA